AAUUUCAUCCGCGCGCUAUUGGCUCCCCAACCUCAUCUGUCAAUCUGCGGAGGCGGGACUCUGCCUGCUCGUGCUCCCAGGAGGCGAUAGAUGCGCGAGCUGUACUUUUCUACUGUGUCGGAGCGCUUCGCAGUCCUCGAGCUCAGUCCGAGCGUCAAGCGAACGGCGUGCGGAAAGCGCAGUGGGACUUCAGCCGAGGAGAAGUUGUCGAAGGAGCCUGUAGUAUUGAUUGCAGCAGCCUGCACCUGGAUAAGCCCCAUCAGCAGCGCGCGGAGAAGCGAAGGAGCGAAGAAAGUGUGUUGACUGCCAGCGGACAGCUGUUAUAGAAGGAAGGCAAUAUGAUGAUGAAGCAGCACAUGUUGUUCACCCUGUACAGCAUCUGCGGGAUCGUCCUUAAAGAUAUUCUCGCCAUUUCAGUGGCGGCAACGAAAAACAAAGUGAGAGGAGCCCAAGGCCAGGUCCCUAUCGUCCAGAACAUGACUGUGACAGAAGGAGGAAUAGCCAACUUGACCUGCCGUGUGGAACACAAUGACAACACCUCCCUCCAGUGGUCAAACCCUGCACAACAGACGCUCUUCUUUGGGGAUAAGAAAGCGCUGAGAGAUAACCGGAUUGAGCUGGUCCGAGCCACGUCGCAGGAGUUGACCAUCAGCAUCAGUGAGGUCACGCUGGCAGACGAGGGGAUGUACACCUGCUCCCUGUUCACCAUGCCUGUCAAAACAGCCAAGGCUUUCCUCACCGUCCUGGGUGUGCCUAAGAAACCAGAGAUCAAUGGACUCACCAAGCCUGUGUUGGAGGGAGAUCAAAUCACACUGACCUGUGUGACCUCUGGUAGCAAACCUGCGGCUGAUGUCCGAUGGUUCAAGAAUGAGAAGGAGAUCAAAGGUGCCAAAGAGGUGAAUGCCAGUGGCAAGACUUUCACAGUGAAGAGCUCCCUUCAGCUCCUGGUGAACCGGCAUGAUGACGGUGUGGCCUACACUUGUAGAGUGGACCAUGUGUCCCUAACUGCCACCCACGAAGAGACCACACAGGUCUUGGAGGUCCACUAUGCUCCCUAUGUAGAGAUCAAACACUCCAUACCAGCCACACUGGAGGGGCAGUACCUCAAACUGGAAUGUGUACCUCAUGGAAACCCCUCGCCAGACCCAGUACUCUGGACUAAAGAUGGAGGAGAGCUGCCAGACCUGGACCGGGUGAUUGUCGAAGGAAGAGAGCUCACCUUUAUGUCACUGAACAAAACAGAUAACGGCACCUACCGCUGUGAAGCUACCAAUCACCUCGGCACCAGCCACGCUGAAUAUAAGCUGGUUGUUAAAGAUGCCCCCACCACAUCGUCACCAUCCACAACUUCCCCUUCACCCACCCUCCAAGACAAUACAGGUCCCUUAGACUCCAAGGAUCUCAAUUCUGCUGUCACCGGUAACAGAGAUCCUAAUGCCCUGCCAGGCCCGCCAGACCACGCUCUGAUCGGUGGAAUUGUUGCCGUCGUCGUUUUCGCCACUUUGUGCUUAAUUAUUGUAUUAGGACGCUACCUGGCACGGCAUAAAGGCACGUAUUUGACAAACGAGGCAAAAGGAGCAGAUGACGCCCCGGAUGCAGACACAGCCAUCAUCAAUGCUGACGGCAACCACGCACAUGCAGAAGAAAAGAAAGAGUAUUUCAUUUAGACUGCAAUGGCACUGCGCUCCUCUAUCUCUCUCCUCUCGUUCCUUCCCUCCUUCCCUGUACCGUGUAGGAACUUCUUCAGACAGCGGCGGAAGCUUCUUCUCACUCUUUCUGUUCAGUUUGUUGUUUUUCAUUUCAGUUUGGAUUUCUUUUGCCUUUUUCGAUAACAGCUCACCUGCUACUUUAUAGGAGCAACUUUUUUGCUGAAGAUGUCACAUUUUGUAAUCAUUAAAUAGCUGUAAAACACCCCAAAGUAGUGCAAAAAGUCAAAAUCUCCAAAUACAAAAAAAAUAUAUAGUCUGCAGCCAUCCUCCAAUAAGGACUCGCCCUUCAUCCUCUCACAGUGCCUAAAUAUACAGAUGUCCGCUGAGUUUCAGUCAACGCCGUCAUGUUUGUCAGGCCUCUGGUUGCUUGCUUUUUUUAUCUUCAGCGUUAUGAUUUUUUGAAAAUGCUUUGUGCUCUGUUAUGUUAUUAUAAAAAAAUUAUACUUUACUUUUGUUUGUGAUUCAUGCUGAAUCCAUUUAUUGUGAUAUUUCUCCCCCCCAAAAAAAAACCUAAACAAAAAAACAUGUACAGUAGUAAAAAUAUACUCAGACUUGAAGUGAGGGAAGUUCCCUUUUUAUUCUACAGAUUUUUAGGUGUUAAUAAUGUUAUCAGUAUGUAGAAAUGCUCCAUUUUCCAAAUUACCAUUAUAUGAUGUGAAACCGACAUCUCACACUAUGGCAAAAAUCAGUAUUUUGUACUUGAACUGUAGAUAUUGGUACGUAAAUGAAUAGCUCCACAGAAGGUCUCAGUGUGUUCCACUGAAAAAUCACCUUGUAUUUAAAUAAGUUUUAACAGUUAGGUUUACCCACCAAAUAAACCAUAGUGGGCUAGUGAAUCAGCAAUCAGGCAAAGAAAGACAGAAAGAAAGAAAAAGCCCAGUUGUGUGUGUGUGUGUGUGUGUGUGUGUGUGUGUGUGUGUGUUUAGUAUGAUGAUGCAUCUCCACUGCUUGGUUCUGCAGCAGUCUGUGUAUUCCUGCACUGAUGGGACCCCAGUCUGCAAGCAUUGUCAUAUCAACAGAUCCAUGGUCCAAGUGGGUACCAUCUGAUUUAGCAUCCGUUUAGCUGUUUACACAACAUUUGUGCCAAACACAGAAAAUCUCAAAACACAGAGUAAUAUUUAACAAAAAGUAGCGUGCAACUAUUUGAGUGCUCUUAACCCUUCAAAUCACUGGUCAGAUCUAUAUACAGUCCAAGAAAGGUCCCAAAAAACUUUGUAUGCUAACCUGAAAAUUCCACAUACAUUAUGAUAACGUUGAGAGAACAUUGCCAUGUGCCGCAUACAUGAAGUCUCACUCAUUUUACAGCAUUAGCUUUAGGCCAAUCAAAUAAAUAAGCACAAAUGACUCACAUCAAUUCAUCAAUUGGUCUAAUACAACAAUCAUAACAUAAAAAUAACUAACUUUGAGUAUUUUAACCCAAAUUGGACAUCAGUAUGCUUUAUGGUCACUGAAGUCACAGGUUAUGUUAAUGUUUGGAAGUGUUUUGGAAAUUCUGUUUAUUUGUUGAUUUCUAUGAUGAAUUGACAACCUUGCUAAGGCUGUGUAAUAUAUCUGCUAAAUGUGGUAACUAGUGAAAAUCGUUGUUAGACUUUGGAAUCCCUAAUUCCAUCAAGUUUGUAUAUUAGCUGAUCUAAAUAUUGGUGGGGAAAAUUGUUAAUUUCUUUUUAUUUUAUUUGUCCUCAAAAAGAUUCUCGACAACUUCAUAACCUUUGCUUUAGCUCAAGGCGUGUAUAUACUGUACAAGAAUCACAUUUUGGUAAAACAUUUUUUGAAAGAUUGUUGUUGUUUGACUCUCAAUGUAAAUUAUUUAAUUUUGCUUCAUUGAAAACCACUGAAUGAGUUUGACGGCAUUUGUGACAGCAAUGGAAACCUUAAUGAAAUGGCAAUUCUAUGUAUUUGUUGAAUGGGAGACUUCUAGCAUUUAAAACACUUUUACCUAAUGUUCGGUUCCUGUAAACGAUUAGUGUUCAUACUUUCUUUCGCUGUCUGUCUCCAUUCUCACAGAAGGUGUCACUGAAGCUUUUGAAACCAAUAGAUGGUCAAGCUUGAAAUUUGCAUAGUAAAUCUCAAAAAUAUCUUUUCAUUUAAGUCAUAAUGCACCACAAUAACACAUAUCACUUCCAUAUACAAGUAUGUUACUUAAAUGUAAUUGUCUCGUCACAUGUAUCCCUAAUAUGUGUGAAUAUAUUAAUGGCUAGGAAUAUGGUAUCCUUUGACAGAGUGUUAUCAGUCAGAUACAUACUUUUUAAGACAAACUACCGUGCACAAAAAAGAUCAAUGUAAGCCUUAACAUAUCCACUGACAUGCUACUCAAGCCACAAUUACCUUCUUUUUUUUUUUUUACUACAUUAUCUUUUUAUGUGGAUUUGCUCAAAGCCGUCUGUCUGGCAUAAUAACUGCUAACUAUGUUUGGUACUUCUCUGAUUGUGACACUGACCUAAUGCUGCCUUUUGUGGUCAGUAAAAUCACAUGCUAUUAUCAAGAAAAUAUACCCACUUGCUCAGAUUUUGACCCGUUACAGGACACACUCAACAUUUCCAAGAAAAAUAAAUCAGCUUCUUUUAUCACCA